CAGUUGAAGCGUCUCUAUUUCCUGGUUGAAGUGGCAGCCAUUUUGGGUUCAGACGACUAGCCGCCUUGGGUCUGGGGGAGUAGCUAGUCUUCUAGUUACUUUUUAAAUCUGUGAAACGCGGUGCUUCUGUUGUUCAUCAAAUCUAAAGGGAGUCUCAUCUUAAAAGAAGAGUGGUUUAACAGUGUCAAGCCACGAUGAAUCCUGAAUAUGACUAUUUAUUCAAGCUGCUGCUGAUUGGUGACUCUGGUGUCGGAAAGUCCUGCCUUCUCCUCCGAUUCGCAGAUGACACAUACACAGAGAGCUACAUUAGCACUAUCGGCGUGGACUUCAAAAUAAGAACCAUAGAGUUAGACGGAAAGACAAUCAAACUUCAAAUUUGGGACACGGCAGGGCAGGAGCGGUUUCGCACAAUAACCUCCAGUUACUACCGAGGAGCUCACGGCAUUAUCGUAGUCUAUGAUGUUACAGAUCAGGAGUCCUUCAAUAAUGUUAAACAGUGGCUACAGGAGAUUGACCGCUAUGCCAGUGAAAACGUAAACAAGCUAUUGGUUGGCAACAAGUGUGACCUGACAACAAAAAAAGUGGUGGACUACACAACAGCAAAGGAAUUUGCCGACUCCCUGGGCAUCCCGUUCUUGGAAACCAGCGCCAAGAAUGCCACUAAUGUGGAGCAGGCCUUCAUGACCAUGGCUGCGGAGAUCAAGAAGAGGAUGGGCCCCGGGGCCACUUCUGGAGGCUCGGAAAAGUCCAACGUGAAGAUCUCGAGCACUCCGGUGAAGCCCGCGUCCGGGGGCUGCUGCUGAGCCCUCCUCUCCCGGCGCUCCCAAACCCAGCUCCUCCGGUCCAGUGUCCUGCCCUCCUCCACCUCCACCUCCACCUACCCACCCUGCCUUUCCUCCACCCCCCACCAC